AUGGCACCCCCAAAAGCACAACGUGCAUCAGACUUUUUCCGCCAAGGUCAGCGAGACAAAACACAGCAAGAACAAGAUGGUGGCGGCUCACACUCUCCAAAGCCUGCCUCAGAUCAGAGAUCAGACACAGAGGCCCUUCAGCCUCCCACUGGGGAUAUCUCCAUAUCAGAGACAAAAAUGGCGGCAAUGUUGCAGGAGCUCCGCUCCUCCAUGAAGGAGGACUUACAACUGGCGGUGAACGACAUCCGCAGAGAGGUGCACGAGGUGGGGAGCCGCCUCAACGUCCUUGAGGAAAAAAUGGAUGACCUAUGCCAGGCUAAUGACGGCAUUUUAGAGAAAAUCUGCGCAAUGGAAGCAGAGUAAGCGCACCUAACAAACUAGUGGACCUGGAGGACCGAUCGCGCCAAAACAACAUCUGGGUGCGCGGGGACAGACAUCCAGAGUACCUCCAACAACUCUUCAAAGCUAUCCAGCCAACUCUGGAACUGACAGACUUGCGCUUAGACAGGGCGCACAGAGUACCCAAACCUGCUUCCCUAGCACACAACAUAUCAAGAGACAUUGUCACAAGACUCCACUAUUUCAGCACCAAAGAUGCUAUACUCAUGGCGCAACGCAAAUCUACAGCAAUGCCAUCCGGUUGUGACUGGAUCUCCCUGCUUGCUGAUCUGUCCCCUAUGACAAUGGCGAGAAGAAGAGACUUUAUAAAUGUCACUAAAUGCCUCCGAAACCGCAAGAUUCCUUACUGCUGGGGCUUCCCCACGAAAUUGCUGAUCUGGCGAAAUGGAUCCCUAACAAAACUGGAUGACCCGGACCAAGGUAUGAACAAGCUGAAAGCCUGGGGACUUUUCCCGGACCAGGAGUGGACCAAAGUCCAAAGGAAGAAAUGA